AAACAUUACUUAUAAGUUUAUUACCGCUAAUUUGUAAAGUUGGUGUUUAAUUAAACUUUAUAUUUAACAAUUAAAAUGGUGAACACAGCUCUUACUAUCCAGGAACUUCUGCCAUAUGGGGCAAACAAAUCUAGUAACAAGAAACUGGAUUUGGAUACAGUUUUACCCUUUAUAAUCUUACCAAUUUUACUUCUAAUAGCUACAUUAUCUCGUAUAAUAACUAUAAUUGUAAUGGUGAUUAUAGGGAUGGGUACUUUAUAUGUUGUCUCUAGGCCACGUCAAAAGAACAGGUCACCAUUUUUCUUCUCAUGGACACUGUCAUCAGGCAUAUGCAUGUUCCUAGUAUUUGAAUUAGGAGUACUCCGUUUACUUGAAAUAACACAACUAGAAAACUUUAUAUUCCUGUUACUUCUAGCUUGUACAUGCUACUUCUUUUAUAAAAUGAAAGCUAUUGCUGACUUUGAGUUGGCAACGGGCUCAUCCAAAGGCAAAGUGUACAGUCCUGUUUUGACUUCAGAUUCUCAUUUCUGCCAAAUAUGUCAAAUUGAAGUUAAUGAGAAGUUUUUUCAUUCAAUAUGGUGGGACUGCUGUGUUCUUCGGCCAAACUAUAUGCAUUUUCUAGCUGGACAAGUGUUUGCAUUUGGAACUCUUUUGCACGGUGUCAAUCUAGGACUGACUACAGUCUGUCAACCGUUUAUAUUUUAUGGCACUAUACUCAUGCCAGAGGACUGUGAAGAUGUGUAUUAUGACUUCGAAUUGGCAAUAUGUUUUGUAGCAUGCAUGUAUGGAGUGGGAUAUUUAUUUGUCAUAUCUAUCGUACUGAUUCAUCAACUACUAGUUUAUAUUCCAAAGUAUAGUGAACCUCAAUGGAGGAAAUUAGUGAACGUACUAAAUGUAUGAAGAUACGAGAAGAGUUAUUACUAUAAAUACCUAUGUACCUUGAUAUUAUUGCUGCAGUAUUUGUAAAUAUAACUUAGUUAUAGGUAAUUUUAUUAGGUACAUAUUAUUCUUACUAUAUCACUAUUUAUUGAUACAGCGUAAGUUAGUAUAUGUAUAUGUAAGCAAUCUCACGUUCACAUAGUCUCAUUACUCAUAUUCCGAUAUUAAUAUUAUAGCAUGCACCAGAGUUUUUCAAAUAAAAUAUGAUCUUUUCCUACCGAAAAAGUAAUUGCGCAUCAGACCUUAAUUUUGUCAUUGCAAUGUAUAUUUUAAAGAUGACGUCAUAUUAAGGUUGUUACGGAUGUGACAGUGGAAUUUGCAAAGUGUAUCAAUUACCAAAAAAAAUUUUUAUUCUUCCACCCCUAUAAGCGUUUAAAAAGAAGUCUCAAGAUCCACAUUUGUAUCUGCGGAUCAUAUCCGCUCAUGGUUUUAUUAUACACCCGCAUCCGCAACAUCCCUACUUCAAAUGACUAAGGCUGGUUUUAGUGUCACACGGGCCGUCAGUACGGGUCGCACCGCACCACAUCCGCACAUACUGACUGUCCGCAUAUGUAGUUUUGGUAUCGCCCUGCCUGCCGCGGUGUACAGACGGGCGUAAUGCUUCCAAUGUGGCGGGUUAUUUUAAUUAUUGCCCAGAAACAAAGAAGGAGACUACAUGUUCACCUUUUAAUAGAGCAGAGAGUCGUUGCACGGGAAUUCGUAUCAUUAUACGGCAGUUUGAGGGCUGACUUCAUCGAUCACUCGGCUCGUGUCCACAUUACACAGUACUGAGGUGACGCGUGACGCUCUCUGAAGCCAGAGGCGCGCAAGCGAUGGUCCGCGCGGAUAGCUGCGCGGCACGGACGCGCUCUGCGGAUGGCUGCGGAGCUGUCCGGACGGUCGUCCGUACGGACCCUUCUGUAUUGCUCUAUAACGUUCCCUGAAGCUUGUAUAGAUCUGUCUGCGCAGAGCGACCCGAACUGACGGUCUUCUUAUGUAUUUUCUUAUGACUCUUUAUUAUUGGUUUUAUCGACUGCUAAACCGAUUUUGAUGAAAUUUCUAUGGGACCAUUUAGGAAGUAUACUCUAUCAAAUAAAAAAGUACGCUAUUGGCCUACGGCUGGAUAUAAAUACAUACAAAAGGAUAUGUGUACAUGCUAAUAUGUAACCUUCAUUCCUUAAAUAUGUAGUUUAAAAAUAUUUGAGCGUAUCUGCAAAAUUUUUUAUCAUAUUAACACCACUAGGUAUUCUAGUACUAAGGUAUUAUAUUUAUAAUUGUAACUAUCUAAAUAUAAUGUGGUUAAUAUAUUUUAUACAUAACCUGUAAUAAAAACUGAUGAAAUACCUACCUAUCUAUCUCAUUAAACGUCAAAUUGAGCUAUUUUAAUUUUGGAUCAAUAGGAACACCUUAUUGGGUUUGUUCCUUGGCAUUAUAAUCAAAUAUAAUUAGUUGAGAAUGGAUGUAUUAACAAAUGUUCAUAAAUAUGUUUAGUCAGCCCUCAAAAUUUAAUAUUGUAGUCGUUAUGGUGUUAAUCUUCAUGAUUUUUUCUCUACUUUUUAUACCUGCGUAUAUCGGAGCUAAACCAAUAAAAACUAUGUCCAUAAACACGUUGCUACAUAAAAUAUCUACUGCACAUGGAAGUCGACGACCGAUUUUUAUCAAUAUACCUUGAAAUUUAAAUUAUCGAUUAAAUAUGAAAUUUAAAUAAUAAACUCCAUAAAUAUUUACUUUUAACUAUAUUUAACAUUGAGAAACAAACUACCUACUGCUAACAGUUUUUUCUGUAUUUUUUAAAUUGAAAAAUCAUACUCGCUGGUAUUGUGUUUAUUUAUGGAUUGAUAUUGUUAUUUAAGAAAAUUGUAAAUAAUAAUUACACCAGAAACAUUUUUAAACACUUAUACCUAAAAAUCUGUUUUUUAAUCUGAGACUAUUACGGACAUAUUAUUGACAUUUACGGUGUUGCCAUUCUUUUCUCCUCAUUAGGUUCUCCAUUUGCAAUUCUUAAAUGGUGUUAUGC